UCUGGUGUUGUGCAGAUGCGUGUUGUCCAGUUGCUUGUUACAUGGUGUUAUUAUACAAGUGCUAGAAAAUACCUAUGUUACAACGUGUUGAUCGGUUCAUUAUCUGGUGUUGUGCAGAUCCGAGUUGUCCAGUUACCACGUGGCGAGUGUAUAUGCCGUAUCCCUGGCAUGAACAAGGACAGUAACUCUGUCGUAAUCCACUACUACCAGUACGGCGCGGCUACUGUUGAGGAUUUUGCCAGACUUGAAUUGCUCAUGAUGAUGAUGGAAGAACCCUGUUUCGACAUUCUCCGCACUCGAGAACAAUUAGGGUAUUCUGUGUCCUGUACUUGCCGCAACACUUUUGGUGUUCUUGGCUUCUCUGUAUCGGUCCAGACACAAGCUGAAAAGUUCAGUGUGGAGCAUGUCGCGUCCAGGAUUAACGCUUUCAUCGACGAAUUCAGAGAAAUACUGGAGAAGACUUCAGAAGAAGACUUUAAAAGCCAGGUGGACUCACUGAUCGAGAUCAAGCGUCAUGAUGACCUGUGCCUCGCGGACGAGGCUGAUAGGAACUGGUACGAGGUGCUGGAUCAGACCUACUUAUUCGACAGGAGAACUAAAGAGGUGGAAGCCCUAUCUAAAGUGACCAAGAGUGAACUGCUCAACUGUUUCGUCAGCUACGUUUCUGGUGGAGAUCAUUACUCUAAGCUUAGCGUCCAGAUCGUUGGCUCAGGAGAGUCUGAGAACACUCUUCCCAGUCCCGACUCUACCAUGGAGGUCGACAAUGGCCUGGGAGAGAAGGAGGAAUGGGUACUGAGGCCUGUACCUGUGGAGGGAAAGGAUUUCAUUUCUAUUACGAAUAUUGAGGAGUUCAAGCGAUCCAGGCCGAUAUUUCCCGUGCUGAAGAUCACGUGAUGAUAGCUAUUUAUUACUAUUAACGCUACCCGAUAUUUGCUAACCUGAGCUACAAGUUGGGUGGAGAUAGCUAUCUAUUACUAGUAACGCUACCCGAUAUUUGCUAACCUGAGCUACAAGUUGGGUGGAGAUAGCUAUCUAUUACUAGUAACGCUACCCGAUAUUUGCGCUUUUGCACAAGCCUUUAGAGUUUAAUCGGGCUGUAUUUAUUACUAGUUGUACUAAAUGCGUCCCCCAUGCGUGCUUAUUUCAAGUUUUGGAUUCUUUGUACACUCUGGAAAGCAGUUUGAUUUUUUUCUAUAAACCUUAUUGAAACUAUAUUUCGCUGGAUAUCAGUGAAGGGAUCUUCUGGAGCGAGAAUUGCUCUUCCAUCAAAGAGGCCACAUAAUUCAGGCUUUCCUCUCAUCUUGUGUAAGGAGGAGAAGUCGAAAUCCCUGUACAGGUUACAGCGGAUAUUUUUCUUUUUUAAACGAGGUUGACAAGGUUCCACAAAACAUUUGACUGUUAAACCGGUCGUUUAUUUACUGUAAACUAGAUAAUAUUUUUAAUAUCUUGAAUGCUUUCACACAUCAAACUGUUUCAAAAUAUGUGUGUGUGUUAAAUUUCCGGAUAUUAAAGUUCGCGUCAAUUAAAUUUCUGUUCUUUUUUUAUUCUUUAUCCGGUUCCUGAAAAGAAUAACGGUGGUUGGCUCAGUUUAGCUUAUUAGAAACGACGUCUAAAACUGCAAAAAAAUCACAGCUGUUACUGCACUGUCAAAAAGCCACUGUAUUUUUAAAAGUUCGUAGUCCUCUAGUGGUACUUUAUUCCACUUUCCAAAGAUAGUGGUCACCACACCAGUUUUUUCGCAUUGUGUAAAUAAAUUAAUAUAUUGGACUAUG